CUUUCAUCAAAAUCUUUCUUCUAGUGCUUAGUGACCAAAUUUGAGGCAUUUAGGCGCAUUACUACUAUUAUUACUAUACUACUAUACUUUGCUUUUUUACACACACAAAAACGUGUGUGUCUGUUUUCCCACCACUGGUAAGAAAAAAAAGAAAGUCUUAGUUUAACAACCAAAGCAUUAAAGAAAAACAAUAAUAAUAAUAAUCCCAUAUUCAGAGAGCCCACCAUACUAUAAAUAGUUGUGUUUUUGUUUCGUUUUGUAUCCAAGUCUUCUUCUUCUUCAUCAUCGUCUUCUCCUUCACACUGAUUGAUCUUCCCUCGUGCAGAAUUUGAUUAAUACAAACUUUCUACUACUAUAUUAAUCUAUUACCAGUUUUAUUUGUCUUUCAUGAUUAAUUUCUUCGUCACGCACACAUUAUUAGACCUUACAGAUUAAAAUCCAAUACACACGAGAAUUAGGUGACACACUGAAGUUGCAUCAUUCUUCGGACCAUUUUCGCUGAAAACUCUCUAACCAAUCCUUUUUUUCCUUUUCUUUUACUUCUAUAUAUACAGCUUCUAUUUCUGGGUGCGCUGAUUGAGUUGUAGCUUAGCUAGAAAAAAGAAAGAAAAGCCAAAAAAAAAAAAAAAAGGGAGGGAGAAGCCGAUCAAAUUAAGAUAAUCAUCAUGUGGAAGUUGAAGAUUGCGGAAGGUGGAAACAGCCCAUAUUUGUACAGCACAAAUGAUUUUGUUGGGAGGCAGACAUGGGAGUUUGAUCCGAAUGCCGGAACUCCUGAAGAAAGGGAGGAAAUUGAGAAUGUUCGUCGUGAGUUUUGGAACAAUCGUUACCAAGUUAAGCCCAGCAGCGACCUCAUCUGGCGCAUGCAGUUUUUACGAGAGAAAAACUUCAAGCAAACAAUACCUCAGGUGAAGGUAGAAGAUGGCCAAGAAAUCACCCAUGAAAUGGCCACUGCCACAUUACGCCGGGCAGUCCAUUUCUUCUCUGCUUUGCAGGCCGAUGAUGGCCACUGGCCUGCUGAAAACGCCGGCCCUUUAUUCUUCCUUCCUCCCUUGGUCAUGUGUCUAUACAUAACAGGGCAUCUUAACCAAGUAUUCCCAGCUGAGCAUAGAAGAGAAAUUCUCCGUUAUAUUUAUUGUCACCAGAAUGAAGAUGGUGGAUGGGGAUUGCAUAUUGAGGGUCACAGUACAAUGUUCUGUACCGCUUUGAGUUACAUUUGCAUGCGUAUUCUUGGUGAAGGACCUGAUGGUGGUCAAAAUAAUGCAUGUUCCAGAGCAAGGAAAUGGAUUCUUGACCAUGGCAGUGUUACUGCAAUUCCUUCUUGGGGAAAAACUUGGCUUUCGAUUAUGGGAUUAUUUGAAUGGUCUGGAACCAAUCCAAUGCCCCCUGAGUUUUGGAUUCUUCCAUCUUUCCUUCCCAUGCAUCCAGCAAAAAUGUGGUGCUAUUGUAGAAUGGUAUACAUGCCAAUGUCAUACUUAUAUGGGAAGCGAUUUGUUGGUCCAAUUACACCUUUAAUUUUACAACUCAGACAAGAACUCUAUGCUGAACCAUAUGAACAGGUUAAUUGGACUAAAGUUCGACAUGUUUGCGCAAAGGAGGACUUGUACUACCCUCAUCCCUGGGUUCAAGAUUUUUUGUGGGAUAGUCUCUACAUUACCACAGAGCCUCUGCUGACUAGGUGGCCUUUUAAUAAGCUGAUCAGAGAGAGAGCUUUGCAAACUACAAUGAAACACAUACAUUACGAAGAUGAGAACAGUCGGUACAUCACCAUUGGAUGCGUCGAGAAGGUUUUAUGUAUGCUUGCUUGUUGGGUUGAGGACCCGAAUGGGGAUUACUUUAAGAAACAUCUUGCCAGGAUUCCUGAUUACCUAUGGGUAGCUGAAGAUGGAAUGAAGAUGCAGAGUUUUGGCAGCCAAGAAUGGGAUACUGGCUUUGCUAUUCAGGCACUUCUGGCCAGCGAUUUGACGGAUGAAAUUGGAGACACACUUAAGAAAGCGCACGACUUUGUGAAAAAAUCUCAGGUUACAGAGAAUCCUUCUGGCGACUUUAGAAGCAUGCACCGCCAUAUUUCUAAAGGAUCCUGGACAUUUUCAGACCAAGAUCAUGGUUGGCAAGUUUCCGAUUGCACUGCUGAAGGACUAAAGUGUUGUCUCCUUUUCUCUAUGAUGCCUCCUGAAGUUGUUGGCAAAAAGUUGGAGCCUGAACGACUUUAUGAUGCUGUGAACAUUUUACUCUAUUUACAGAGCAAAAACGGUGGUUUAGCAGCAUGGGAGCCAGCAGGAGCAGAGAACUGGCUAGAGUUGUUGAAUCCCACCGAAUUCUUCGCAGACAUCGUCGUUGAGCAUGAGUAUGUUGAGUGUACUUCAUCUGCAAUCCAUGCCCUUGUUCUGUUCAAAAGCUUGUAUCCCGGACACCGAAGAAAAGAGAUCGAAAGCUUCCUCACAAAUGCUGCCAAAUACCUUGAAGAUGUACAAAUGCCUGAUGGUUCGUGGUAUGGAAAUUGGGGUGUUUGCUUCACAUAUGGAACCUGGUUUGCCCUAGGUGGACUUGCAGCAGCAGGAAAGACCUAUAAUAAUUGCCAAGCUGUUCGGAAAGCCGUCAAUUUCCUCCUGGAAUCUCAAAGAGAUGAUGGUGGUUGGGGAGAAAGCUAUCUUUCCUGCCCUGAAAAGAAAUAUGUUCCACUUGAAGAAGGAAGAUCAAAUUUGGUUCAUACAGCGUGGGCUAUGAUGGCAUUGAUUCACUCUGGCCAAGAAGCAAGAGAUCCUAAGCCUCUUCACCGUGCCGCAAAGUUAUUGAUCAAUUCUCAGAUGGAAAAUGGAGAUUUCCCUCAACAGGAAAUAACAGGAGUUUUUAUGAAGAAUUGCAUGUUGCAUUAUGCUGCAUACAGGAACAUAUAUCCACUUUGGGCUUUAGCAGAAUACCGUAAGAGGGUGCCAUUGACAAGCAGCAACACUAUCUAAACUGGAACCAAUCUGAUGAUUGAUUGAUUGACUGUAAAAAAAAAAAUAAAAUCUAUAUUUAGUGCGCCAUAAAUUUUAUUUGUAAAUUAUUUUUAUGCAUCCUCAGAUCUUUUGUAACAUGAAAAAAAGAACACAAUUGUAUCCUUAUCAAAAGCAAGAGAAAUAAAUUUUGGCUAUGUUUCCA